AUGUCGAACGGCCUCAACCUGGACCGAAUCAUUGCCGGAUCUACCGUUGUAAGCCUUCAUAUCAAUGGCAAGAUUACAAAGAACACCGGUAUCGGCUCACAUCCAAGUGGAGAGCGCAUCAUCAAGCAGAACUUGCUGCAGAAGUGCCCGAAACGGAGUGGGGAAUCUAUGAGCAAAAGCUUGUCACACACGUGGUGCCUCAAGUCCGGCUAA